AUGUACUACAGCCACGGAAAUUACGAGGCAUUCGCGCACCCCCUCAAACCGGAGGGCGCCGAGAACAAAAAGGCCUACAUCAUCGGCUCCGGCCUGGCCGGCCUGUCCACUGCCGCCUUCCUGGUCCGAGAUGCCCAGGUUCCCGGCAAGAACAUCACGCUGGUCGAGGAGCUCCGCAUCCCAGGUGGAGCCCUUGACGGCAUGGACGAGCCCGCAAAGGGCUUCGUCAUCCGCGGCGGCCGAGAGAUGGAAGAGCACUUUGAGUGUCUCUGGGACCUCUUCCGGUCCGUGCCGUCAAUCGAGGAGCCCAAUGCCAGCGUGCUAGACGAAUUUUACUGGCUCAACAAGCGUGACCCCAACUCCUCGCUCCAGCGCGCCACCAUCAAGCAGGGCCAGGAUGCCGAGACCAAGCACCUCUUCACCCUCAGCGAAAAGGCGCAGAAGGAGAUCAUGCACCUGUUCCUCGCCUCGCGGAACGAGGUCGAGAACAAGCGCAUCAACGAGGUCUUCACCCAGGACUUCUUCGACAGCAACUUCUGGCUGUACUGGCAGACCAUGUUUGCCUUCCAGAAGUGGCACUCGGCGCUGGAGAUGAAGCUGUACCUCCACCGCUUCGUCAACCACAUUGGCGGCAUGCCCGACUUCUCCACUCUCAAGUUCACUAAGUACAACCAGUACGAGUCGCUCGUCCUGCCGCUGGAGAAGUACCUGCGCGACCACGGCGUCAACUUCCAGUACAACACCGAGGUCACAGACAUCGACUUUGAGAUCACGGAGAAGAGCAAGCGCGCCACGCGCAUCCACUGGGUGCGGGACGGCACGGAGGGCGGCGUCGACCUGGGACCAGAUGACCUCGUCUUUACCAUCAUCGGCUCGCUGACCGAGAACUCUGACCUCGGCGACCAGCACACGCCUGCCAAGAUCAAGGAGGGCCACGCCCCGGCCUGGGAGCUCUGGCGCCGCGUCGCAGCCAAGGACCCGUCCUUCGGCCGGCCGGACGUCUUCGGCGCGCACAUCCCGGAGACAAAGUGGCAGUCGGCGACCGUCACGACGCUCGACAAGCGCGUCCCGGAGUACAUCCAGCGCAUCUGCAAGCGCGACCCCUUCAGCGGGCGCGUCGUCACAGGCGGCAUCGUCACAGCCCGCGACUCGGCCUGGCUCAUGAGCUGGACCGUCAACCGGCAGCCGCACUUCAAGAAGCAGCGCAAGGACCAGAUCGUCGUCUGGGUCUACGGCCUGCUCGUCGACGUCCCCGGCGACUACGUCAAGAAGCCGAUGCAGGACUGCACGGGCGAGGAGAUCACGCAGGAGUGGCUGUACCACCUCGGCGUCCCCGUCGAGCAGAUCCCCGAGCUCGCCGCGUCGGCCGCGCGCUGCGUGCCCGUCAUGAUGCCCUACGUGACGGCCUUCUUCAUGCCGCGGCAGGCCGGCGACCGGCCCGACGUCGUGCCCGAGGGCGCCGAGAACUUUGCCUUCCUGGGCCAGUUCGCCGAGACGGCGACGCGCGACACCAUCUUCACGACCGAGUACUCGGUGCGCACGGGCAUGGAGGCCGUGUACAAGCUGCUCAAGGUGGACCGCGCCGUGCCCGAGGUGUUUGGCUCGACGUGGGACAUACGCACGCUGCUCGAGGCCAUGAGCCAGCUGCGUGACGGCAAGGAGCUGGACAAGUGGUGGCUUCCCGAGCGGCUGCGGCAGUUCUUCAUCCACAGGUUGGACGGCACGGAGGCUGGCGAGAUCUUGCAUGAUCACCGCUUGAUCUAG